AUGUCUUCAACCACUAAUACCAACGGCGAGCUGCACUUGCUGUUCAUUCGACAUGGCGAAACACAAGACAACAUUGACCGUGUCCUCCAAGGUCAUCGAGAUACAGACUUGACCGAAAAAGGACACAAGGAAGCCAAGGUCCUGGCUCAGAAACUGCAAGGACAGCAGAUUGAUGUGAUCUACCACUCACCACUGAAGCGCAUGAUUCAAACCAUUCAGCCGAUAAUCGAUGGCCGCCCAGACCUUCCAAAACAUGCUGAUGCGGACCUGAAAGGACAGUUGCUCGGAGAGUUGGAAGGAGGCUCAUACGACUCAAUCGACAUGGGCAAUCCACGAAGCGCAGAUGGAGGGCCUGGUGUUGAGCUGUUCGACGACUUUGUGAAGCGGCUCAAAAGGGUGUUUGGGCGGAUUAUUGGUGCAGAAGCCCCUAAAGUCGAUGGUGAAGAUCGUGUCGUCGUGAUUGCGACGCAUGGAGUGGGUAUUACAUCCUUGUUUACAGCUCUUGAGUCAAGUCCAUCUUGUGACGGCUUAAAUCCUAAGCUUGCUGUGCGUGGACCCAAAGCUUUUGAAGUCAGAUGGACUGAUAGUGACGAUAUUGCGGAGAUUGUGGUUGCGAGUCCUAGAGCAUUUCCAAUCAAGAAUGGAUCAUUGGACUGGUCCAGUAUCGAGGGUCAGCCAUUCUUGAUUGAGUACUGGGGAAAAGAAGAGAAGGCUCUUUGA